AUGUAUUGCCAAGACUGCUUCAAUGGUCACUUAAACGUUAGCACAACAAUGGUUAGAUCCAAGAUAAGGAAUGAUCUGACUGGUGCAAACAUCAUAGCUGUUGGAUUUGGUUGGAUGAAUGUGACAAUUCUCCCUUGGUUUUCUGUUUUUCGCCUUUUUGGCCGAGACUGGUCCGUUUUGGUCGACCGGAUGGUGAUGAGGAUCAGUUUCCACCGGUGUUCGCGCCUUCUUGAGGUUUUGAGUUCGUCGGCCAUUCUAUGCAUCGCCGUCGGCCGUAUUGAGCUUCCUUCGUCUAUCUCACGUAGCAGGCACUUUUUCGUCCUAUCUUUUGGAUUUGCCGACCAAAAUGAUGUUUUGAGGUCGCCUGUGAAGUUUGGUGGACUUCGGUCGUGCCGUUUGGGAGAUGGUCGAGCAUUGUCGCUUGGUUCGUCGAUUCUGGCCGAGAGAGUGGUUGUGAUGUUGAUAUCUCCUUAUUUACUCGGGCCAAUUGAGUUCUGCUUCGACCGAACUGUUUUUCUAUCCCUCCUGGAUUGA